AAGUAGACGCCAUCAAGACUGGUUUUAAAAGUAGAUCGCCGCUGUUGCCCGGCGCCCUGAACAACGUAGGGGAGAGUUGCACUGACAUGAAGUGCGAGUACGACCAGUGCUUCAGUCCUUGGUUUGCCGAGAAGUUCCUCAAGGGGGAGGGCUCCAGGGACCCAUGCACUGACCUCUUCAAAUGCUACCAGCAAUGUGUUCAGAAAGCAAUAAAGGAGAAGGAAAUUCCCAUUGAAGGACUGGAGUUCAUGGGCCAUGGCAAAGAAAAGCCUGAAAGCUCUUCUUGACCUUGACAGUCACCUUGAAAAUGGACUCCUCAAAUCAGGAAAUUGAAGACCCUGGAUUGUGUCAAUUAAAGUGGUGAAGAUAGCGGAUCUAUUUGAUGAGUUUAGGAGGGAGGAGUUUCCUUCCUGAUAUUUUUCUUUCACUUGUAAAAGAUGAUGAACCAUCUACUCUUUGCUUAGAUUUCUGGCUUUGGCAUCUCACCAGGAACUCAUGUGCUAAAUGAUGGGAUUAUUUGGGAUUAUGGUUGCGAUACCUGUCUGGGAUCAGUUUUAAAUAUAUCUUGUAUGUAAAUGUAGUUAAGAUUGUCUGGACGAUCAUGGUUGCCUUAUCUCUUGAGUUAGGCUGUAAAGGACUUUAUAUAUGUACACCGUACUGGGGUAAUUUUUCAUGGAAGCAAUUGGUUAUAAUCUCCUUUCUCUCAGGGAGCUGAUGCUCUGGAAAGGGUUCUCAGCAGUUUUAUUUUUGGUAUAGUAAUUUAACUGAAGAUUGCUGGUGGGCUGGGUUAUCAAAGAAGCCAGCUUUUAACAGCUCCCUGCCUUAAUAAGAGGUGUCAGAUCUAUUAAGAUGUGAAAGCUUCAAGAAUGCUGCUGUGAACACCAUUUCAGAGCCCAAGGUAUGGUUCAGGAAUUAAGAUGCUUGAAGAAGCUAUGGAGGGAGAUCUAAAUUGCAAAGCUUUGCUCUUGACAGCUUUCAACUUAAAUCUGUAAAUCUGUGUAUUAAGUCAACCUGUGUAUCAAAAAUGCCAAAAUGCUGCUUCUGGUUAAAUGGAGGAAGAAAAGUUUGCUUUAUUUGCCUUGUUUACCCACCCUGCCCUGUAAUACCUGUAAUCAUGAAGAUGUAGUAAAUUGUAAUAUUCAUUUCUACCAAAAAACAAAAACAAAACAAAACAAAAUAAAAAAAUAAAAGUAAAUGGGCUUAGGAUAGUGACAGGCCUUGGUCAGAAAGCAUGUUUUUGAUACUUUAAAGAAUGGAAUCUUUGGCACGAACAGUGUUCGUUAUUAAAUAUAGGGAGAAAUUAGGCAGUAAAAUACAGAUGUAAAGAUGGAUGAAGAUAAUAUUCCUCUCCUUUAAAAAUAAAAAGGUCUUCAUUUAGUUAUUCAAGGAAAAUAUGAUGGUAAGUUAACAGGAGGUCAGAAAGAUCUUUCUUAUUUUUAACAGUAUUAAUUUAUGAUGGUUCUCUAAAUAUAGGCAAAGAGCUGAUGCGUUCCAUAGAAGGUGACUAACUAUAAAUGUAUCAUACAUGACUGGAAAGUAAUGGCAAGCAAGACUUCAGAGCUGAGCUCUCUUGAUAUUUUUAUCCAGUGUGUGGGGUGUUACACAUGCAUCAUAGCUAUAAUAGAGCUAUCACAUGGAUCAUUUGAAAAACAAGGCAGAGAUGUCUUAAAAGCCUCUGUGCUUGAUUUCUUAGUCAGAUGCUGCAUUUUUUGGCAUUCGACAACUAAAGUCAGAGUCCAGAUAUUUAAAAGGUGGAAUUAUCUAAAAUAACUGAAUCAUAAUUUUAAAGUGAUUAAUAUAAAAUUA